UCAUUUACUCCAUUCAUUAUAUAAUAAUCAAUGGAACUAAGCAAAAUUAUUCCUGUUUCUAAACCCGUAUGUCGUUUGUCAUAUCCAGAUGACCCUCACAGCCUUUGCCAACGAUUUGAUCCACCACUCUCGGUGUGCUUCAGCUGCAAAGGCCAACACUUGGAGAAUAGAAGGUACUAUUACUAUUGUGCUACUUGUGAUUUGGAAUUUCACAGAGGUUGUCACUUGUUUCCCCCCGAAAUCAAACACCCUUUUCACCUUCUCCACCCUCUCACCCUCAUCUUCUCAGAUCCUGAUUUUCAAAGCUCUAGAAUCCCCAUUGACUGGCCUGAUUCAUCCUCUGAGUCAGAUGACUAUGAUUCGUAUGAAGAAAACCCUGGAUCAUAUGAAGGCCAUAUUGUUAAAUGCAAUUAUUGUCGGAAAAAUCUUCAACCAGAAGAGUUUGGAAUGGCAUACUAUCAUUGCUCUACCUGCAAUUUCAGUUUACACAGGAUUUGCGCGUAUAUUAGACCACCUCUCGCUAUUGAAAACCUUAAAUGCCAUGACCAUACUCUUACCCUAUUUCCUAGACGAGUCCCUUUGCCUUGUGAUGCUUGUGGCUUCUCUCUUGACACUCCAUUCUUUGAUCAUGUUUACUCAUGUUUGCUUUGUAACUACAUGGUCCAUAGAACAUGUAUUUACUUACCUCGUGUCAUUAAGAUUACCCGUCACCCACAUCGUCUCUCUUACACUUCCUCCAUUGUACCUUCCUGUGAGCUAGCUUGUGGAGUUUGCCGCAAUACCGUUGACGUCAACUACGGAUCAUACUCCUGCACCAAGGGAUGUCGCUACGCCCUCCAUUCCAAGUGUGCAACAAACAAAAAAGUGUGGGAUGGGAAAGAUCUUGAAGGAGUUCCUGAAGAAGAAGAAGAAGAAAUACUUGAGCCCUUCCUGUGGAUUGAUGAAGAGACGAUACAACAUUUCAGUCAUGAUCAUCACCAUCUAAAGCUUCGUCAGGAUGGUGGCAGCCAUGAAAACAAGUUUUGCGAAGCCUGCACCCUUCCCAUGACAGUUUCAGAUCGCUUCUAUAGUUGUAUAAAGUGUGAGUUUGUCCUCCAUGAAACAUGUGCAUCCCUUCCUCGGAGAAAACACCAUCCCGUACACAAACACCCGCUCACCCUCUUCCAUCCAUCCUCUUCUAAUCCUCACAAGGUUGAAAGGAAGUACUACAGAGACGGUUUCUCCACGUGUGAUGGUUGUACUCGUAAUUGUUGUGGCUUCAUAUACAGAUGCAGCGAACAGGAUUGUGAGUUUCAGCUAGAUGUAAGAUGCGCUUCGCUUCCUGAUCCUUCAAUCCAUGAUUGCCAUCCACCUGAUCACCCUCUCUUCUUCAAUUUCACCAGUGGGUCCUGCAUGGGUUUCGAGUCUGUUGCAUGCGACCAUUGCGAGUACUUAGAAUGUAUUCAGUGUGAAUCCUUUUUGUGUCUUCAUUGCGCUACUUUGCCUUGCGUGGCUCACUACAAGCACGAUAAGCAUCCACUCACUCUUUGCUGCGGAGAAGAAGAGACGAGAGAUCUCAAAUAUUGGUGUGAGAUCUGUGAAAAUAAAUUAGAUGCAACCAAGUGGUUUUACACAUGCGACUCUUGUAGAGUCACUCUUCACAUUAAAUGUUUAUUGGGAAAGGAGGUCUACUACAUGAAGCCGAACCAUAUCAUCAAAAUAAAUGGCAAAAAUGUUGAUAUUGAAUAUAACAAUGGCAACACAAGACCAGUGUGUACAAAAUGUGGACUUCGUUGCAUAUACACAUUGGUAUACAAGUGUGAAAAUGAAAUAUUCUGUAGUCUGUCUUGUUUAUUCCAGCCUGGUUUGCCCUUGGGAUACCACUACUACAUGACGAGAAGAAUCAUGAGGAUAAGGGAAACAGAAAAAUUAGAAGAAGAGGUUGAGGUGGAACUAGCUAACCAAUAAGAAUAAGCUGAGUGAAAGAGUCAAGAGUCAAAGUCCAGUUGAAUUGUUCAUUAGCUAUGCAGUUUGAUUGUGAACUUGUGUGUGAGUCGAAUUCUCUGCCGUACGGUGUGGCUGAAAAACGAACGGUCUUGUGUUUGUAAUUCUUCUGAUAAAUCAAUAAAUAAGGAUUGUUGCUUUAUCAAUUCUUUA